CUUCCUUCUUCCCCUCUCCUUUCUCCCUCCUUCGGUUGUUGUAUUUACUUAUUUUCUUCUUCACUCUGGUGGAUUUUCGGGGUGGGAUUCGAGCAAACCCAGUUCUAUAUUUACAUAAAAAUAGAUUCCCUCUUCCACAUUUUAUUUCCAUUAUAAUAAUUCCACAUAUGUCACCUUUUAACUGUAUAUCAAUACUUUUCUGUUUUUCCCUUCCCCUCCCCUUAGUUUAAUAGUGUUUCAUCUGGGUUUCUUGAUCUGUAAUCCUUUAUUCAUAUUCCUUUUCUAACCAAUCAUAAAAUCGCCCCCUUGUCCUGAAGUACACUGAUUCUUCUUUGUCUUUUAUUCUCAGAAUUAACUUUAUCAUUUCCACACAGUCCAAUAUUUUCUUUAUUAUCUCUUCUUCUGACGGGAUUUUGUCUGUUUUCCAGUUCUGUGCAAAUACAAUUCUAGCCGCUGUUGUUAUAUGUAUGAUCAAAUAUGUAUCUUCUUUACUAUAUUUCUCUGGUAAGAUAACCAAUAAAAAUACAACAGUUGGCAAUUCCUGAAGUUUUCAUUAGAGAAGAAUUGUUUGUAGCUCAGAGUUGAAUUUUCCUUUCUUUUCCUCCUCAGAUGUAAAAGCUGGAGGCCUCCUGAGAACGGAAUGGCUUGAAAAUCUUCUCUGGGCCUCCCGGUACAGCUCCUUCAUACCACAGGACUGAAAAGACAUCUGGAGGCUCAGGAUAUCAGCAGGGACCUUCUGGAUCCCUGUCAGAGAAAAGGCCAAAAUGGAUGCAAUCCACCCAGCUUGUAAAGGAGUGGGGAAAGGCCCUGUUGCCGCUCAGCCCAGAAAUUUUGGGGACGUCUGGGCAGGACCCAGGCAGAAGAUCCCAGAGAAGGCAGCCCUCAGUUCUGAGAUCCAGCAUUGGCACUUCAGGAACAGCCUCUUUCAGGAGACCAAAGGUCCACGAGAGCUUUGCAGCCGCCUUCACCACCUUUGCUGGGGAUGGUUGCAGCCGGAGAAGCACACCAAGGCUCAGAUGUUGGACCGAGUGAUCUUGGAACAGUUUCUGGCCGUCCUGCCCAGGGAGAUGCAGCGCUGGGUGCGGGAAUGCCGAGCGGAGACCACUUGCCAGGCGGUGGCCCUGGCCGAAGGUUUCCUGCUGAGCCAAGCAGAGGAGAAGGAGGAGCAGGAAGGGUAUCAGGUUCUAAGGUCCGUCCUGGAGGUGGGGACUAAUUGUCCUGAAGAAAAGGUGGAUCCCACAAACCCUACUCGGAAGUUGUGUUUCGGAGGGAUCUCUAAGGAGAAAAAUCAAUGUCAAGAUGUCUCAAUAGGGAACAAAAUGGAGUCACCGUUGUUCAUUGGUUCUUCUCUUUGUACUGGUGGAACUAAAAGAGCAGCUGAACUUCCAGCACAGGGUCCUAUGUCUUUUGGGGAGGUGGCCAUCCAUUUCAACAGUGAAGAGCAAUUGCUGCUUGAUCCCAGCCAGAAAGCCCUGCAUGAAGAAGUCAUGCUGGAGACAUGUAGGAUCAUGGCCUCUUUAGUUGAUGAGCAGAAGAAUGAGAAUGACCAAGAGCCAAAUCCGGUGCCAUUGCAAAUAAUAAAAAUUGAAAUACCAGAAGAAACAUCCGCAGAUAGAUGGGGAAUGAGGAAACAUGAAAAAACCCAAACUUGCAAUGGCACUGAAAUAUUCACUUUUCAGCAUGCAGACAUGGAUCACUUUCUGACACAAUGCAUUUUCAAGAAAAGCAACAUGUGCAACACUCAAGGGAGUGAGGCAAUGUUCAAAGGAAAAUCCAUGAUUAGUAAUGACUAUGAAAUUAAAAAGAGUGAUAGCAAUAAUAGCAACAUUAUUCCCCAUAAAAUGAUGCAUAUGAAGGCGAAUUCCUAUAAAUGUGAUGAUGGGAGAAACAGUUCCAGUUUGAUUAGUUCCCUUACUUGUCAUAAAAAGACCCAUAAGGGAGAAAAACCCUAUAAAUGCCUGGAGUGUGGAAAGAGCUUCAGCAGCAGCAGUUAUCUGACCAUCCAUAAAAGGAUUCAUACAGGAGAAAAACCUUAUAAAUGCACAGACUGCGGGAAAAGCUUCAGUAUGAAAAGUUCCCUUACUUCUCAUAAAAGGAUUCAUACAGGAGAGAAACCUUAUCAAUGUGUGGAGUGUGGGAAAAGCUUCGGAAACAGAGAUCAUCUGACCUCUCAUCAAAGGACCCAUACAGGGGAAAAGCCUUAUAAAUGCACAGACUGUGGAAAGACGUUUAAUUGGCAUGGCCACCUGACUUCUCACAAAAGGAUUCACACAGGAGAGAAACCAUAUAAAUGCCUGCAGUGUGGGAAAAGCUUCAGUAUGAACAGUUCUCUUACUUCUCAUAAAAGGAUCCACACUGGAGAGAAACCCUACCAAUGCUUAGAGUGCGGAAAAAGCUUCAGUAUGAACAGUUCUCUUACUUCUCAUACAAGGGUUCAUACUGGAGAAAAACCCUUUCAAUGUCUGGAGUGUGGAAGAAGCUUUAGUAUGAAAAGUUCCCUUACUUCUCAUCAAAGAAUUCACACAGGAGAAAAACCCUAUAAAUGUGUAGACUGUGGGAAAAACUUUAGUAUGAAAAGUUCCCUUACUUCUCAUCAAAGGGUCCAUACAGGAGAGAAACCCUAUCAGUGCUUAGAGUGUGGGAAGAGGUUCAGCCAUAGCAGUCAGCUUACUUCCCAUAAAAGGGUCCACACAGGAGAAAAACCCUUUAUAUGCACAGUGUGUGGAAAGAGUUUCAGCAACAGCAAUCACCUGACCUCCCAUAAAAGAAUGCACACUGGGGAAAAACCCUAUAAAUGUACGGAUUGUGGAAAAAGCUUCAGUAUGAACAGUUCCCUUACCUCUCAUAAAAGGAUCCACUCAGGAGAGAAACCGUAUAAGUGUGUUGAGUGCGGAAAAAGCUUCAGUAUGAAUAGUUCUCUUAGGUACCAUAAAAGGAUCCAUAUGGGAGAAAAACCCUAUAAAUGCACAGAAUGUGGGAAGGGCUUCAUCCGAAGCAGUGAUCUUGCUUCCCACAAAAGGAUCCAUACAGGAGAAAAACCCUUUAAGUGUACUGUAUGUGGAAAGAGCUUCAGUAUAAACAGUUCUUUUAAUUAUCAUAAAAGGCUCCAUACAGGAGAAAAACCCUAUCAGUGCCUGGAGUGUGGGAAGAGCUUCAGCAAGAGCAGUGUCCUUGCUUACCAUAAAAGGAUCCAUUCAGAGGAAAAACCUUAUAAAUGCACGGACUGUGGUAAGACCUUCAAUUGGUAUGGCCACCUGACUUCUCAUAGAAGGAUUCACACAGGAGAGAAACCCUACAGAUGCCUAGAAUGUGGAAAGUGCUUUAGUCAUCGUGAUUCCCUUACUUCCCAUAAGAGGAUCCACACAGGAGAAAAACCAUAUAAAUGUAUGGAAUGUGGGAAGAGUUUCAGUCACAACAGUCAUCUGACUUGUCAUAAAAGGAUCCAUUCAGGGUUGAAGCCCUAUAUAUGCAAUGAAUGUGGAAAGAGUUUUGUUACGAGGGGUUCUCUUACUAAACACAUUAGUAUCCACACAGGGGAGAAACUGUAUCAUUGCACAGAGUGUGGUAAGUACUUCCGGUUGAAAAGUCAUCUAAAUUCCCAUAAAAGAGUACAUACACGAGAAAAACGGUAGAAAUGUGUCGGAAGCGGAAAAGGGUUUUGUGAAAACAGGACUCCUCUUAUGAAAAAAGCCAGAGGGGGGAAUUCAUGCAUAAUGUGUGGAAAAACCUUCAUAUGAGGAAAUCAAGUUAAUUCCCAUAAAAGGACUUAUUCAAGGAUCUUGUGGAAGACACCUGAAGUAAAUAGUCCUUUUUUAUUUUGAGACUUGCCUGCCAUAGGAGAAACUGAAUAAAAAUAUGGAUUUUGGAAAGAACUUCCAAGAUAGAUUUCUUAUCUUUUAUCCCUGCUCAAGCAGGAAACCCAAUACCAUUUCAGACAAAGGACUGUUCAAUGUUUCCUUAAAAACAUCCA